AGCCCUGCGUGUGACGUCACGAGCCAACGAGCCCAGUAAGCGGUUUUCAGGCAGCUCCGCGCCAUGUCGGUGAAAGAGUCCAAGCCAAAUCUCACCGUUUCCCAAGCUACCGACAUCACGGGACGACUUUUUGGCCUGACUGCGUCCAGCGUCCGUCCACUGCCCAGUUACGAUGACCAGAACUUCCAUGUGGUCUCUUCAGAAGGUGGACAGUAUGUGCUGAAGGUCAUGAACUCUGCAGACAGCCAGAAUCCCACUCUGCUGGAGGUCCAAACCCACACCAUGAACUUCUUAUGGCAGAAAGGACUUCCUGCCCAGACUGCUGUCCCCACGGUAACCGGUCAGCUGAUGAGUUUGGAGGAAAUCGAUUGUGGUUUCGGGGUGCAGAAAUAUCUGGUGCGUUUGCUGACCUUCAUGCCCGGCACCACGAUAGCAAAGGUGACCUGCACUCUGCAGCUUUUAUACGAAGCUGGAAGAACGGCCGCCACCAUGGACACCGCUCUGCUGCAGAUGGAGCAUCCACACCUGAGUGUUCUUCAGAGGGAGAACUUCAUCUGGAGUUUAGCGAGUGUUCCUCUGUUGGAGCAGUUCCUGCCUGUGCUGGAUGGAGAUCCGAUGCAGGAGGUGGUGAAGAAGGUUAUUGAACAGUUCAAAAACCAUGUAGUGCCAAAGCUCAACUCCUUCCGCAAAUGUAUUAUCCACGGAGACUUUAACGAACAAAAUGUUCUGGUUGAAGCUGAUGGUCCGUCCAGCUACAGGAUCAGUGGCAUUCUGGACUUUGGAGAUAUGAGCAGUGGCUAUUUUGUGUUCGAGCUGGCCAUCACCAUCAUGUACAUGAUGAUCGAGAGGCCCAGGCCGUUAGCGGUGGGGGCAGCGGUGUUGGCGGGCUGGGAGAGCGUAAUCCCCCUGAACCCGGAGGAGAGAGAUGUGCUGUACCUGCUGGUUCUGAGCCGCUUCUGUCAGUCUCUGGUUCUGGCUCGCUACACUGUUCUCCAGCAGCCCGAAAACGAGGAGUACCUGAUGAUCACGGCGAGGCCUGGCGCCAGGCUGCUGCAGCUGCUCUGGGAGACGGGCAGAGACGAGGUGGAAAAGAUCUGGUUCAACGGCGCUGCAUAGUUCUUACAGAACAGCCAUAGAACAAACACAGAGGGAUAAUAACUAAAAGAACCGGAGGAGACUUUUAAUCUGAGUUCAGAAUUAAUGUUAACCAAGUCUUCACACUAUUCAGUGUUAAAAUGCCUUAAAGGGACAGUAUUGUGGACCAUUCUAUUGUGGACAGGCUGUAGCAGUUUAGGUCCACCUAUUUAGUGUAGAGCAGUUUAGCCCUGUCCAUUCAGCCUACAGCACAGUUUAGCCCCACCCAUUCAGCCUAUAGCAGUUUAACCCAACGCAUUCAGCCUGCAGCAGUUUA